CGGCCGGCUCUGCGCAUGCGCGCCCUGGGCGCUGCGGCCGCGCUCCCCCUCGGAGGCCGUGAGGGCGGGGCGUGGCCGGGGCGGGUGCGGCGCGUGCGCGGCGCGGCUGAGCUGUGGCGGUCCCGCGCCCAGUUCCUCAGUGGAAAAGGUGUUGAAAACUGCCCACAGCACUAUGGAAACACUCAGACAAAACAGUCAUCUACUGACACCCAUGAGGAAUUGUUGGGCAGAGUGACAGAAAUGAAGAGCUCCAACCAUCGCUUCAGUAUGGCAGCAGCUGAAUCUGACAAAGACUCUGGAUAUUCAGAUGGAAGUUCAGAAUGCCCAAGUGCUAUGGAGCAGACGGACUCCGAGGAUGUGCUGAAUGCGCUGUGUUGGAAUGCAGAGGAUGGACCUUGGCAAUGCCCGAGGACCACGAGCAGCUCCUUUCCUGCCCUAUCUCCUAUGGUUGUUAUGAAAAAUGUUUUGGUUAAGCAGGUAGCUGUUCUGUACCCCUAUUCCAUAAGCAUCUUGCCCACUGAACCAAAGAAACAUUGUGUCAGAGUAGGGGAGUUCAUCACAGCUCCAGUCUUGGACUGUACAGCCAUCCUUUGAAGUGAUUCCAGCUCAGCCACAGCUAGUGUUUCUUCGUCCAUCAAUCCCACCUCCCAUUAAUCCUCACCCUGUUGGGAAAAAGAGAAAUGACUCCACUAAUUACCUGCCCAUCCUGAAUUCUUAUCCCAAAAUAGCACCACAGCCCUGCAAA